GGUUGCGGUGUUCCCCGCUGACACCGGCGGCGGGGAGAGGGGGGGGGGGCGCCUGUCCGGGGUAGUGUGAGAAACUGCUCUCAGUCCACGUCCGCCCCCCCCCCCCCGCGCUCCGAUUCGCCCCCUGUAAAGCACAGUGCGCAGAAUCGGGUGCCAGGUAAGGGCGGGGUGAAGGGCAGCGGCUUCAGCAGCUGUUACUGAGCAUGCUCAGUGCACCCUCAGCCGCAAAGCCCCCCAGCCAACAGCCUCUCGCACCGCAGGGCCCUGUCCCCGACCGCGCGGCAGCGGCAGCGGCAGCGGCAGGCAGGGCCGGGGGGGCAGCGGCGCCGGGCUGCGUUUGGUUCCGGCUUAGGGCCCCCGCCCCGUCCCGUCCCGUCCCCGCAUCGCGGGGGGCGGGGCCUGCACUCGCUAGCGAGCCGCGGCCCAGGCCCGGGCGGGUCACGCGGUGGAGGUGCGGCCGCGUGGUCGGUCUCCUAGCAACGCGGGAUGGCGGCGGGCGAGCAGCGAGGCCGCGAGUACCUGGAGCGCUACAAGAUCCCGGAGCUGCUGCACAACCUGAGCGCGCUGCUGCUCUACCACCGGCCCGAAAGACCAAGGGAGUUUUUGAUACAUGCACUGGAAAGAGUGAAGCUUGCAAAAUUAACUGAUGUGGAAUAUCCUUAUCUUGUGGAUGAAUCAAAUUUGGAUGCCAUGUUUGAAAUGCUGGACACUGCAAGUCAAGGCUAUAUAACUUUAGUGCAGUACAAAGGAGUUCUUAAAACCUUGGGGCUAAGUACUCAAGAUUUGCCUUAUGAAGAAGAUGCAACUUUCACAUUGGAAAUAUUCAAGAAAGAAGUGAAGAAGUUGUUGCAGGAGAGCUGGGCAAUAUAUCAAUCUUAAGCAGCUGUCUGUUAAAAAUAAUUUUUUUUUAAAGUCUUAUCUUUGAGUUUGUUUUUAUUUUGCCUUUUGGCAACUGAUAGUUUCACUUAUUCAAAUAUAAACUGAGUAGUAUGAGCAUAGCAUGUAAAAAGAUUAAUUAUAUGGUGCUAGUUUAAAUAAUCAGAAACUACUCAUUACACCUGAGGAACAUCUUUUGAGGACUUCCUUUACAAAAAAAACAUUCAAAACAGUGUAACAUUAAAAAGAUGCUGUGUAUCAACAUCUUCCCUAGCAAGAAUGUUUUGGGGCUAUACAGUGAUAAAAAUGACUUAUUCAGAGUAGCUCAAGGCAAUGCUUUGAUAAGUGUUGGUUCAAAUAUAAAACUAUUUCUGUACAAAAUGUUGUUCUAGUAUGCAAUAAACAGCAGCCAUUAUAGCACUGAAAGUUUAUUUUAAAGCCAGAUAUUUCUUUAAGACUCUUGGGGAAAAAAUAGUUUUAAAACAACCUGGAGAAGAUACCCAAAUUCCAACAAAACCAUUAUUUCCAAACAUAAGCAAUUUUGAAAUAAAUAAUAUUUCAAUAACUGAACAAGUUGUGAUGGCAUUUUAAACAAGUUUACUAGUCACAAUGUAUGUAAGGCCUGUUCAGAACAUUUUAAAGAGGACAAAGGAUUUGGACAUUCAAGGAGGAGACAAUUCUGAAGUUUCCAUAACAGAACUUAGUUUUAAAAGUUAGCAUGAUCAUAGAAAAUAGAACAUGGACACAUGCCUUCACCUUAUUCCACACCCCUGCACACAAAUUUAAGUAUGUGAUGCCCAUGUGUAAGAAUUUAUGUACAUAAUUGUCCAUAUACCAAAAUGAGACUGCACCAAUUUGAAUGAAUGUUUACCACUGAAUGCAGUAGCAUAUAUACCCAGAGUUUACUCCAUAUUACUCUAAACAAUAAAAGUUUCCUCAGCAUAACCAUUAUCGCCUUACAGCCAUCAUCAACUAAACAGAUCACUCACUCUUCAACAAGGAACACAUUCUCCACUCUAAGUCUGAGCCUGCUGUGCCUCUAGGUUGGGGGUAGUUACAGAACAAGUAAAGUUAGAUUAGUUUAGUCAAAUCUGUUUUAAUCACUUUACUGUUAGAAACCAGUUCAGUAUUGCAACUGUUUUAAAAUGGCUAUGUACAACAUAUAAUCAGAGUUAUAAAAAGAUUAAGGCAUAAGGCUAGAUCAAGUCAGCAUUUUACAAAGAUGUACGAGGUCUGUUUGUGGGGUUGUUGUUUUGUUUUUUUUUUUUAAAGAACCAAUAUACAAUAAAAGUAUACUAAUGUAAUA